AUUUCCAUUUCCUCUAUUAUUUGGGAACGCACCCCAACACAGAGCGGAAGACAGACAACGCUGAAGAAAACAAUGUAAACCAAUGAUAUUCUUGGAGCUACCUCAAGCACAUUUGAUGAAAUUAAACUAUAAUUUAUGAUAAGACCAUGCGAUAGUGUCAAUUGUUAGUUCGAAGUGGGCGGUGAGCUACUGUAGAAGCCCACUGUAGCGGCAGCGAGACGAGGUGCAUCGCCUCUCGACCAGUCUAGACUGCCGCUGUCGCUUCCGUUUCUCCGGUGUGUUGUGGUUCGAAAGGCGAAGCGCGCUGCAUCGGAACUUGGUUAACUCUUCUUGAGACUUAACAUACGGGUUGUGAUCGAUGGCGGACCCAGAACCAUCACAACAACAUGAGACGGAACAGAUUGACGAUGCAGAGUUGGCAUUUAAAGGAAUAAACAUGCUGCUCAACAACGGAUUCAAGGAGAGCGAUGAACUUUUCAGAAAAUACAGGACCCACAGUCCACUGAUGAGUUUCGGAGCCAGUUUUGUCAGCUUCCUGACAAUUGGAUUCUAUUGGAGUGAAGAACAGGAAGAGAAUGCCAUGAUGACGUUUGAGGAGGAGAAGAUGCAGACAGCCUUUGAUGACCUCCGAGCCACGGAGAGACUUUGUGAGCGAGACAAUGCCGGGGUCAUCGAGACGAUCAAAAACAAGAUCAGGAGGAGUGGCCCCCAGAGGUCAGGGGUGGCUAUAGUAGACCGCCUCCAGAGACAGAUCCUUGUGGCAGACUGCCAGGUGUACCUCGCUGUCCUCUCCUUCAUCAAACAGGAACUGUCAGCAUACAUCAGAGGAGGCUGGAUCCUCCGCAAAGCCUGGAAGAUGUACAACAAGUGUCACAGCGAUAUCAGCCAGCUGCAGGAUUGCAGCAAGAGGAGGUCCUCCGACCAGCAGGUGUCUCCCUCUCCAUCCACUGACCAGGCCAACCACGGCGCGGCCAAGCUCCCAACCCAGAGGACCAACGGGGUGAGCCCGGAGGCCCUAGCCCGACUUAAGGGCUCGGUCAGUUUUGGCUACGGCCUGUUCCACCUGUGCAUCUCCAUGAUACCGCCGCACCUGCUGAAGAUCGUCAACCUUCUGGGUUUCCCCGGCGACCGUCACCAGGGGCUGUCCGCCCUUGCGUAUGCCAGUGAAAGUAAGGACAUGAAGGCCCCCUUAGCUACGUUGGCCCUCUUGUGGUACCAUACGGUAGUGCAACCCUUUUUUACCCUGGACGGCUCAGACACACAGGCCGGUCUGAUGGAGGCGAAGGCUAUCCUCCAGAGAAAGGAGCCCGUAUACCCUAACUCCUCCCUCUUCAUAUUCUUCAAGGGCAGGGUGCAGCGUCUGGAGUGCCAGAUCAACAGUGCAGUGACGUCCUUCCAAAAUGCCUUAGAGCUGGCUACAGACCAGAGGGAGAUCCAGCAUGUUUGUUUGUAUGAAAUAGGCUGGUGCAGUAUGAUGGAGCUGAAGUGCGGUGACGCCUACAAGGCCUUUCAGCGUCUGGCGACCGAGUCACGCUGGUCCCAGUGUUACUACACCUACCUAACUGGAGUGUGCCAGGGAGCGUCAGGAGAUCUGGAGGGAGCGGCCGCUGUCUUCAAGGACGUACACAAGCUUCUGAAACGGAACAACAAUCAGAUAGAACAGUUCUCUAUGCAGAGGGCGGAGAGGCUCAGCAAACACGCCCCAUCCAGAGAGCUGUGUAUCCUGGCUGUGAUCGAGGUGCUCUACCUGUGGAAGGCCCUGCCUAACUGCUCCACCGCUAAGCUGCAGACCAUGAGCCAAGUUCUGCAGGAACUAGAUGACCUCUCAUUUGCUGGCCUGAAAAACCUGCUCCUUGGUGACAUACACAGAUGUCUCGGCAACAUGAACGACUCCAUUCAGUGCUUCCAUCUGGCUGCCAGAGAUGAGAUGGGCCAUCAAAACAACUCCUAUGUGCAGCCCUACUCCAUCUACGAGUUAGGCUGCGUCUUACUGGACAGCCCUGAGUCUGAAGCGAAGGGCAGAGCUCUGAUGCUCCAGGCCAAGGAGAACUAUGCUGGCUAUGACUUUGAGAACAGGCUCCAUGUGCGCAUUCAUUCAGCUCUGGCUUCCAUGAGAGAGGAGGUGACCCCACCCUGACCGCACCCUUUCUCUACCAUACAUCCACCCUAGCUUGUGUUGGGGGUAGGAGGAGCAGGAAACGGGUCCCUUUAGAGAAGCCAUCUUGACCUCCACAGCACUGUGAUGGUUCACUGCAUUGUGUUUUUCAGUAGACUUGUGUUUUUAUAAUGAAUGUGCCAUCAAGUUUGCAAUGUAUAGUUUACAGUAAGAGUUUCCUGGAGCGAUAAUGCAGGAAUAGUUAAGACUACUGGAGUGUAUUAGUGUGUUUUCAACCAGAUCAAAUAUGUACAGUAGUUGCAGCUGGGAGUUAAAUGCAACUUUUUACCAGGGAAACGUGUCUUUUUGGGGGAAAAUCUAUUUAAAUUGUACAAUCACAUCUUUAUUCUUUCCCAUGUGUUGGGAAAAGGUUCAGAUACAGAACUGGGUAUGCCAUUGGGUAAGCCACACUCAUUAUAAAUUAAGCCGUGCCUAGGUUGCUGCCAGAUUAUGACCUGAAUGUCCAAAGUCCUGUUGCUGUUACAGUAGUAGACCAUUUGAAUGCACAAAUCCUAUGCUACUACUCAUCACGUGGCCUUGUGGCACUGUAAAUUGGGGAGAUUUUUUUAAUUGUUUUAAAGUUAAUUUCCUGCAAUUCUACACAUUUUGCCAUGGGUUGCAGAGAACAUUCUGCAGUUUUAAAGGCCCAGUGCAGUCAACA